AUGACCGCAUUGCGCCUCGUGCAAAGAAUGAAGAGGGAUUCCAUACAUUCUGGUCGACGACCAUCUGGCAUAUGUGGAGCCGCGUUACUAAUAGCAGCCCGUCUCCACGACUUCUCCCGGACACCGGCGGACGUAGUGCGAAUAGUAAAAGUCCACGAGUCUACUCUCCGGAAACGUUUAAUGGAGUUUGGAGACACUCCAUCAAGUGCGCUGACCCUCGAUGAAUUCAUGACUGUGGAUUUGGAGGAGGAACAGGACCCGCCAGCGUUUAGAGCUGCUAGAAAGAGAGACAAGGAGAGACUGCAAAAGUUAUUGGAAGAAGAAGACGGCGAGAGGGAACUGACGGAGUUACAGAAGGAGAUAGAUUUACAGUUGGAAAAAGACAAUACGAGACGAAGAAAGCUAGCAUCUUCUGCUGCAGUUACCACAGUAAGCAUCGACGAAAGUUCGAUCGAAGAUGUGGAUGCGUCCAGAUUCGCAGCAGAGGACACGCUGCACCUCCUCGGUGAGAUCGCGCGAGAAACUGGUGGAAAGAACAACGCCAACUCCAAACAGGAGAAAUUCUAUUUGGAAAAGGGACUUGGUCCAGAUCUAGCUGUGAUCGGCCUAGGUCAGCCUGAAGACAAAUCGGAUAAAUUUGUGAAGCCAGAGCCGAAGGCGCAAUUCAGCAAAGAUCUGCACAGCGCCGAUGAACUGCUGCUGAAUGAGAAAGACGAGGAAUACAUCAGCUCUCUCAUCAUGACCGAGGAGGAGGCGCGGUAUAAAACCAAAUUGUGGAACAACAUCAACGCUGGAUAUUUGAAGGAACAAAAGAUAAAAGAAGAAAUGCGCGCCAGAGAACGCGAAGAAGGUAAAGACAAGAAGAAGAAAAUCCGCGGCGCUUACAAGAAGAAGGUGGCACUGAACGCAGCCACCGCGGGCGAAGCGAUCGAGAAGAUGCUAGCAGAGAAGAAGAUCAGCUCGAAAAUCAACUAUGACAUACUGAAGAGUCUGGACCAGCCAGGCACGCCAGUCGCAACUUCUGUACCGACGACGCCCGCUAGAAGUUCGCAGCCUGUGAUUGACUCAAAACCCGUGACCCCGUUAGAAACCGUCCCCGCUUCGCCAGUGCCACGUAAACGUAAGAAGAAGGCGACGCCGACUCUGGCGAGCCCCGUGCCGGCCGCCAGCGCGCGGCCCACCACACCAGCGCCGCCCACGCCUACGACCACGCAAGUCCAGCCUGAAAACUUGGACGACUACGACGAUGAUGACAUUGAAGCGGAGCCCACUGACGCAGGCGGAGAAAUUUCACUCGCCGCCAUGCUGCAGAAUGGUGACGAAGACGAUUACUAUGGUUACGAGGAAUAUUAA